AUGGUUCUCGCAAUCGAUCUCCUCAACCCAUCCCCAGCUGCUGAGGCACGCAAGCACAAGCUCAAGCAACUUGUCCCAGCCCCAAGAUCCUUCUUCAUGGAUGUCAAGUGCCCAGGAUGCUUCACUAUCACCACCGUCUUCAGCCACGCCCAAACUGUUGUCAUCUGCGCUGGAUGCUCAACUGUUCUCUGCCAACCAACAGGUGGUAAGGCUCGUUUGACUGAGGGCUGCUCGUUCAGAAGAAAGUAG